GCAAUUUGCCGAUUUCAUGAUCAUGACUCCUAGUGUGUAGAUGUUUUUAUGUAAAGAAAUGGCAAGGUUAUGAAAAGGUCUUCACAGAGAUUAUGUUGAAAAAUGGAAAAAAUUAUUAAUAUAAAUAUCCUAUAAAAAUUUUCAAAUUUCAUGCAUAUAACAUGAUUUUGAAGAAUAUAUUCUCAGUAGUUGCAUUGGUUUUGAUUUGUCAAGUUGCGGAUGGAAAAAUUUCUUCUAUACAAUCACUAAAUAAUGCUGCAAUUGACGAAAAUUCAAAUAACUUCAAUGAACCUUCAAAAGAUGAAAUUUAUCAAGACUACAAUACAGCUUUAAUGGAAGAGAAUUUGAAAAACCCCAAUUCAGAUAGAAAUAAUGAUAAUAUCAAUGAAGCAUCAAUCAAUAAAAAUUAUAGGCCUAUCAGAUUCAAUGAAGAUUCCAGAGGUGAGGAUUAUCGUAGCAUUAACAGAGCUUCAAUAGAUGAGACUCACGAAAUCAACGCCGCAUCAAUAGAUAGACAUUAUGAUAACAUCAAUGCAGUUUCUAUAGAUGGAAAUUAUAAUAUGAAUGAAGUUUCAAUGGAUGGAUCUCAUGAGAGAUCAAUGUCAGAAAUAGAUGGGACUUACAGUGAUGAAGUUUCUUUAGAUCGGGAUUAUCCUAGUAUCAAUGAAGAUGAAAACUCAUUAGGCGAAUCUCGUGAAAUCAAUGCAGCUUCAAUUGAUGAGGACUAUAAUCAUUUGAAUUCAUUAAUAAGCAGCUCAUUGAAUGAUGAUCAAUUUGAAGAAAAGCGCCCCAUAGACAUCACAAAGAAGCUGAAAGAUCUAGGUAAUAGGAUAACAUCUUUCUUCAUUGGGGAUAAUAAUUACGAGGAGUCUUACAACUCAUUUACUGAAGCCACAUCCAAUACAAGUUUAGAGAAUGGGAAACAUUUGAAUAAGGAAAUGAUAAAUGAGGAUAACCGAGACUAUAAAGGAAAGAAUUUUACAGAAGUUUCUAAACAAAAUCUAUCAGAACUUUCUAAAAAACUUGCUACUCCUGAUGGAAGAAUAGAAGUGAAAUCAGAUAACAAGAAAAUUAUAAAUGAUUCUGAAAUAAGACGGGGGAACAAAAAUGUCGAGGAACGGAAUUAUCACAAACAAGAGAAAAUUGUGCCUACUGGGAGUUUUAAAGUUGAUUCUGAAGAGCUACAAGAUGCCUACAUUAAUGCAAUGCCUCUAUUAAAGCAAUAUUUGACAAUGCUUUCAAAAACGGAAGCCCCAAAUAAUAUCUAUCGGUCAAAAUCUAAUCCACAGUUGAGAUUGCAGGAGCAUCCUGGUUUGAAACGGAUACAAGGGUUCUUGAAAUCGACUAAUUCUCAACUCAUGAACGGUCCUUUUCCAGGGUUUAGAGGAGAUUCUCAGUUUUUGGAUAAGUUUGGGAGGAAAUUGAAAGGUAUAAGGUACAAUGUUAAGUGAAUAUUGUGAUGUUUUUUUAUAAUAUUGCUGUUCCAUAGCAUAAAUGAGACAAAAUAAGUUUGGGAAAAUGUCCAAAACUUUUCAAUGUAGAGGAUUCAAAAACUUUCCAUUUCUAAGAAUCUGACAUUAAAAAAUGAAGAAAUUAUAAUACGAUUUUAGUUUUGAUUUAAUUUGUCAAAACCUUUCUGAAAAAUGUCAUUCAAUAACUUAUUUGAAUGAAUAUUCAACUCGGCCGGGUUGGUCUAGUGGUCGGGAGCGUUAUAAACUUCAGUCUGCUUGCACCGCCUGGUCAUGGGUUCGAAUCCCGCCGAUGGCAUGGAUGUUUGAUCAUCUCAUCAAAUCACCCACGCACAAGUAAAAAUGCUUAUGUGAAUACCCCAUCCGAAAUAAAAAAAAAUUCUCAAACUAACAAGAAGUAUUUACAUUAAUAGACAGGUAAUAAAUUAAAUAAACUCAUAGCAUGUUCACUAUUUAUUAUACAAUUACAUAAUAUUAGCAGAUUGAAGGAAGAGUUGAUUAGAAAAUUGAUCGAAAUGUAGGUAAAUAUUUUUCAAAUAAAUUUCACUGGGUAAUCAUAUAAAUGAAUAAAAAAGAGAUUACAACAAAAUAAAUGUUAGUUGACAAAGUGAUAAAAAUUGUGAUGGGAAGAGAAUAGAGGUAGCUUUUCAAUACUUAACUUGUCGGUUGCAGAAAAGCCGGUUAAAUUUUAAUAGUGAUUAGAAAAUACUUUUUUCUAAAAAGCUUCUUCGAUUGGUUCUUGUGAAAUUGAUCUUGAUUAAAAUUUAACAGGUUUUUUUGCAACCGGGAAUUGUAACAAGAAAUAAUGAAAGUGCGAGAAUAAAUAGAAGUCAAGAUCCUCAGACACAACAGGGAAGGAUAGGUUAAACGAAGAUGGAAGAGACGUUUACAAAUUAAAAAGUUACAUAAUUUUUAAGAAGAAAAAGUUUAAGAUUUGAAUAGUACAUUAAGGUCUAGUUAUUGUAUUUUGGUUCAAUUUUUCCUAUUCCAAUAAUUUAUAUAUUUUCAACUGUUUAGAUUGGCGUUACUUUUGUUACUUAUUGAUGAAUUAAAAGCAUUCUUGAGCGUUUAGUAGAAAAAUGUUUACAUAUUUGAAAAUUAAAAUCAAUUCUCAUGAAAAUGAUACUUUUAGGACUUUUAUUUUCAAGAUGUAUUCAUUACCUAACAAUAAUAAUUACUGUAUUUGAGCAUUACUUAAAAAUGAUAAGAUUUGAAACAAAAAAAUCGAACCAAAAUUUGAGCGCAGUCUUUCAUGUAAUACGAUUUCAAUGAUAUUUUAUGAUAUUCUACGUAAGGCUAUUCUAAGAUAUUACAUAGCUAACAAUAAUUGUCAGUUCAAUUAUUUUAUAUUUCUCAAAUAUAAGGCAUGAAAUAGUAUUACUAAUGUGUAAGAGCAAUUUACACAAUAUUAAGCUAACGACAAAAAUACGUCAUAAAUAGAAGAAGCAAUUUCGAACAAUAUUUAUUAUAAAAUCAAGCAAAAAGCAUAUAAAACAUGCUUAUAUUAAUUAAUAUUACAGCACCAGUGCUUUUGUGCUAAUUUGCGAAUAAUUAGGCCGUAAAUUUAAAUAUCUGGUCUUCAAAAUCGACCCAAAAUUCUACAAUAAUUGUAUCAUACAAAUUUAAAACGAUUUCAAUAAUCUAAUAAUACCAUCCUGCAGUUUAUAUAGGAUGGAAAAGUUCCUCAAAACACUAUAUAUUUAUAAUUCUAUUACAUAGUAAUGAGUGAAUAUAAUAUAUUUAUAUAAUUUUGCUUUAGAUAAAUUAAUAACUUAUUUACAAGGGUGAGAGAAACGCUGGUUAGUUAACUGAGGAAAUACAAAUAAAUGAUUCACUAUAUGUAACAGACCUGAGAAUAAAUAAUACAAAUUAAAAUUGAAAUACUUUGACAAUACGGAAACAAUUAUAAAUAAAAUAUAUUGGAUUGUUGUAGAUUUCUAUUACAGUUACUAUAAAUUGAUAUAAAUAAAAUACAUAUUUUAAAUUCAGCAAAACAAAAAUAUACCCCAUAGAACUAGAACAAUCUCUAAUAUAAUACUGUAAAAUGUGAACACUGUUCAAGACAAGUAGAAUAGAAAAUAAAUAUAUUUUUACUGUAUUUAAUAAUUAUUUCAAACAUCCAAUGAAAGCUUUAUAAAUAGAACUAAGGACCUCUGCUACUGCAUAUAUUGACCGAAGAACUAAAUUAUAGCAUGAAAUAUAUUUUUGAUAAAUUAUCAUACUCCCAAUAUUUUUUCAGACUCAAAAUUAUAAAUUUAAUGAAUUAUCCCAAAACAUUCAACCACACCGUAAUACAUUAAAAACCAAAACUACUUUAAAAUGAAAAAAAAAAU